UUACAUUUUGUCGUGCAUGCGCGUAAGCUAAUGCAUAUUUAACCUCUGGCGUUCUAGUAAACAUAUAAUGACAUCCUUAAUUUCUUCAAAGCUCCAUUAUGGAGAGAAAACCUCUAUUAGUACCGUCACUCGUGCGGUAAAGCGACACUUGAUGCCUCUUCGCGUGCUCGACCCCUCUCUUUUGGAAACCACUCCCGAUGAUAUCAAGGCAUACGCUAAUGAGGCCGCGCUGUGGAAUUCGCCGUGUUCUUCUCACUCGGUGGAGGCAGGAGCGCCCAUCCCAAAAGGCUUGAAUGAAGCAUCCGACUCCGAAGUGGCGCAGGAAACAAAUGGGAGUAAACACUUUGGACGCUUUGUUCGGGUAUCGCGGCGGCGCACGGAUUUACUCUCGCAGAAACCUUCAGAUUGGCGAUGCUUUCCCGCGAGCGGCGAGCCUGUUAGCAGCGUUUCUGCCGUAUGCUCGAAAGAGGCUGCUAAUACAGAUGCUGAUGGUUUCGAUGAGACUUCUGAAAAGUCCGGUGAGGUGAGCGCGGCAGGUAAUACUAAAGAGCGCACUGGAAAGGGGCGUGUGAGAGAAGGGGGCAAACGACCCUAUAAACGACGGAAGCCCAAAGGGGGGGAUGAGGGGCUUCAGAAGCAAGAGUCUACAACCUUACCUGCUGCUUCUAGCUCUGUAGAAAUAAAGCAAAAGCGAUCGAAGUUGAAGCGUUCUCGAGACGAGGAUGCUAAUUCAGAUUUGAUCAAAGAACAAAGCGCCGCCGUGGAUGACGAGAUGGACUUGCUCAAUCAGGCGCCGAAGGGCAGGAAAAAACGCAAGAAAAAGCUUUCCUUAUUGAUAUGCCCUCAGUGCAAACUUUCCCAAGUGGAGUGGCCCUUCUGUGGAAUUACCGGGAACCCUCAUACGGUGGAAGACGUCUGA